AUGGCUUACUUCAAUACCAUUAAGCGCUCGUUUGCCGAUGUGGAUCUCUCGAAUGGAAUAGACACUAAUGAAUUUCUGGAGGCUACAGAGGGAAUGGUAAAAAUUUUUGAUGUAAUUGGAUCUACUGCAUUUGGAUUUGUUCAGAACGAUAUGAAUGGGAAUAUUAAGAGGUUACGCCUUCGAUAUGAAAGCAAUCCUGAAAAGAACGACACGCUUGAGCAUCUUUUGGAAGGAGAGUCUGAUGAAUCAAAACGGUUGGCCACAGAAGGCCUUCUUUGGUUGAUACGUGCCCUGGAUUUUACAGCAAAAGGAUUGACACGUAGUUUAGAUAAUCCUGACGAAGAAUUAACAUAUUCGUUCAGUGUUGCAUAUGAAACUACUUUACGCCAAUAUCACAACUUCCUGGUUCGUCCCGUAUUUGCUGUAAGUAGAUAUGCAUUAUAUAAAUAG